AUGCUUGCGAUUCUCGCCCUCGCGGGCGUCGCAGUGCCUGGCCCGCGCACGGCACACCUCGGUGCAACCACGACGCUCGCGCCGCCGCGCUCGCGGAUCGCUGCUGCCGUGCGAAGAAACGGCAGCAGCCUUCCGGCGGGCGGCGCAGUCUGGCCGACGGCGAUCUACUGGGCGAUGUUGCAGGUUGGCACGCCGCCGCGAAGCUUCCCAGCGGCCAUCGAUUCGGGGUCGGGCGAUCUCGACAUCGCCGCCCUUGGCUGUGAUGGCUGCGUCACCGCGCCACCCAAUAAUCAGUACGAUCACGCGGCGUCAUCGACGUCCAAGCCGGCGUUCCCAUUCGUCUUUCGCAACACCUACGAGACGUGCGAUCUCAAGCACCCCACCAAGCCGUGCUCGAUCGGAGGCAAGCUGUACACGGACGUGGUGUCGAUGGGCGGCCUCGGACCAGUCCCGGUCAAGCUCGGCGCCAUCGAGAGCCAGGACACUAACUUCGACCAGUUUGCGCAGAUCGACGGCGUGGUCGGCUUCACAAGUGGCGGCAGCGAGGACGUCUUCUCUCAGCUCGUCGCCGCCAAGGCGUGCGACAACAUCUGGUCCAUUUGCAUGCACCGCGGCUCAAAGUCGAACGGCACCCUCACCCUCGGCGGCGUCGACUCUCGCCUGUCCGACGGACCAAUGGUCUACGUGCCCGACGUCGGCCGGGGCUUUCGUGCGGUCCAGGUCGCCUCUUUCACGCUGGUGAAGAACACCUCGUCCGCCGCCGUCGCCGCGGGCACCGCUGUGCUGCCCGUCACGCUGCCCGUGCAGAGGAGCGCGAUCCUCGACACUGGGACCAACGUGCUGCUGCUGCCGCCCGAGCUGCUCUCGCGCCUCGGCGAGGCGAUGUGCGCCGACGCGAGCCUCGCCCACUGCCGCACGCUGUGGGGCGACCCGCUCUCGAGCAGCAGCUGCGUCGCGCUCAGCGAGGACGAGGUGGAUGCGUACCCGUCCCUGCGGAUGCAGCUCGACGGGACGGCCCUAGAAAUGAGCGGUCGCGACUACCUGCUCCGGGGCUCGCCCCUCGCCUCGCACGGCGGCGAGUACUGCCUCGGCAUCCGCUCCGGCGGGGAGCUCUUCAUCAUCGGCGACACGACGAUGCGCAACUACCUCCUCGCGUUCGACCUCGGUGGUCGGCGUGUCGGGUGGGCACCAGUCAAUCGCAAGCGGGGCGGCUGCGGCUCGGUCGACGAGGGCGAGGGACACGACAGGCUCGCAGAGCGGUGCACGGCACACUAG